AUCACCUGCAGCAGCUCUGUGUGAUGAUCUCAGGUGUAUCAGGUGAGCAGACUGACUGUGCUGCUGAUUUGAGCUUCAUCCUGAAGAAGGUGUUUGAGUCCACCUCCUGCAGUAAGAGGACAGAUCGUCCGGUUGAAUCUUGUAGCUUCUGUUCAGAGGAGUUCAGCAUGCAAAUCAGGAAACAUCACUGCAGAAACUGUGAGCAGGUGUUCUGCUGUUGCUGUGUGUCUCGCUUCCUGUCAUUACUUCAGAUUCAUCAGUUCAGUCAACCUGCUGGACUCUGACCUGAGAUGCCAGCAGCUCACCUGUCUCACCAGGUGUC